AUGCAUCUCUCUUCUAUGUUCCUCUAUAUGUUGAGAACGGGAGAUUCCAGUUGGUUGGAUUCAGAUGGAGCUGGCCCAUCUGGAUUGGGUCGAGUUCAAAUGGUGAUGAGGCAACUUGCAGCCACCCAGACUUCCCUUGAAGACGCUUCAUGGAGUCUGUUCCCUACGAAUGCUUCUCAGGCAGGUACAUCCAGAUCUGCUCACUCUCCUGGUUCUGUCAUGUACCCAAGAGGUUCUGGCGGUUUGCGUGUUAGGCCAACAUCGCAAUCUUCAAACGACAACUUAGUAAAUAUACUUGCCAUGGCUGAAACAGUUCGGGAAGUACUACCCCACAUCCCUGAUGACAUAAUAUUUCAGGAUUUGCAGCGGACAAAUUCUGUGACGGUCACUGCGAAUAAUCUUUUGCAAAUGCGAUAUUAG